CCAUCUUCGAGCGACUUAUGUAAAUCUGUUCACGAACCGUAAUCAGUUUCAAGAGCUCUUACUCCUGCUAGUUUACCACAAGUCUUCCUUCGCAUUUGUCGCCAUGACAGACUUGUUAGCCCUUCCUCCAGGGCUAGUGCCUAUCUCGUUAUCAUUUCUGUUGUUUCGCGGCCUGCACGCCAUACUCUCGAAAUACAUAGCGUUACCGAACUCGAUCGUGCACGGGCCCCGCCGUAAACAGUGGCUUUACUACAAUAUCUCUAUCUCCCUUAUACAUUCCACUGUCACGGCCAUUUGGUCACUGUAUUGCUUUUACAACGAGCCUGCUAUGCUAUCAGAUAUGAUAGGCGUGUGGACUUCUAGUUCCUAUUUUUUGCUUUGUCUAUCGACGGGCUAUUUUCUCCAUGAUUUUCUAGAUAUGCUACUUAAUGAUUUGAGCCGAUCAACAGUUCUUCUUAUCCAUCAUACCUUGGUUGUUGUUGCUUUCUUGAUAGCUAUACUUACAAAGAAUUACUGCGGCUAUGGAACCUGUUCGUUGCUUAUGGAAGUUAAUAGUGUAUUUCUGCAUUCACGGCGAAUAAUGCUUUUUCAUGACGUAGACCGUAAAAGCACGUUGUAUGAGCUAAAUGGACUCCUCAUGCUUGCAACUUUUGUAUUUUUCCGAUUUCUAACAUCUGCAUGGAUGAUGAACUUUGUAAUCAAGGCCCGUCAUAUUAUCCCUGCAACUCAUGUCUUCUAUGGUGGCUUUGCAAUGGCGGCCAUGAUUAUAAUGAACAUUCAGCUGUUUACACAACUCUGGAAUGCUGACUUUGCUAAAGACAAGAAGAGGCAAGCUGCCAGUGAUGAUUAAUAGGCAGUUAUACUGGUGAUAAAACAAUAUAUAAUGUGAAAUAAACAUGGCCCUGGAAAAGGGGGGACUGAAUAGGCCAUUCCAGCUAUAAGCAUGCGCGCGCACUCACCAUGGGAACCUACCUUAACUACUGGCAUGCAGCGUGCGCUUCGUUUGAUGUAAGCUUAAAAAAGCUUGCGCUGCAUUCUGGUAGUUGAGGUAGGUUUCUAUGGUUAUGCACGCGCAAACUUAAAGCUGGAUGGGCCAAUUGAAAAUGGUAGUUUCUUGCUCACACCCACCUUAUAGUCUCUGGUGUGUGGUGCAAAUAUUAUAAUGCUCAAUUUAUCCUUGGAUUCCAGAUUCUGUGUUUUUUAUUUGCAUGGAUUUUGGAUCCUACAGUAGUGUUAAUUAUGGACUCGACUAGUAUGGAUUCUAGAUUACCUGUCAUCUGUACGAACCAAUGUCAAUUUUCUAUUUACAGCCCUGAAGAAAUCAAAGUAAUAAUUGAAAAA